AAGCUGCGGAGACCACGCAGCUCCGUGUGUGUUUUGAUCAGUUGGGUUUUUGAUCCGUCUGUUGAAUGACCCGUGUUUGUUUCAACAAUCACAUCAGGAGGAAUCCAGCGAUCCGCUACUCUGUCCAGGGAGUUCUUCCAGGCAAGUCCAGCGGGGAGGAGACCUCGCGGAAUACCAAGGACUAGGUGGAAAGACUAUAUCUCAACACUGGCCUGGGAACGCCUCGGGAUCCCCCCGUCAGAGCUGGUCAAUGUGGACCGAGAAAGGGAAGUUUGGGGCCCCCUGCUAGAGCUGCUGCCCCCUUGACCCGACCCCGGAUAAGCGGUUUGAGGAUGAGAUGAGGAGGAGAGUUGAGCCUGUGGAUGUCCGGCUGGCUGAGGGCCGCAGCGGCCCCGCUCAGAGGGGGGUCCCGCACUGUCAGCUGCUGCCCCUCCUCCCGUGUCCCCGGUGCUGAUGGGAGACGUCACGGGUCGCCCCGCUCUGAGGACGCCGACCCUCCCAUGGUCCUCAUCACAGGGGGACUAGGUCAACUCGGGGUGGGACUUGCCAAGUUGCUGAGGAGGCGGUUUGGCAAGAACAAUGUGAUUCUCUCAGACAUCAAGAAGCCUCCCGACAAUGUGUAUCACAGUGGUCCGUUCAUCUACUCAGACGUCCUGAACCAUAAGAACCUGCGUGAGAUUGUCGUGAACAACAACGUCAGCUGGCUGGUGCACUACUCCGCUGUCCUGUCGGCUGUGGGGGAGAGCAACGUCACACUGGCCCGGGACGUCAAUAUCACUGGUUAUGGGCCCAGAGUUACCCAGAGAGUUUCCAACGAGUUAUUCACCGAGAGAAAAGUCGCGACGUACCGCGUGUCCGGGUUCCACAACGUCCUGGACAUGGCCCUGGAGCACGACCUGCGUGUGUUUGUCCCCAGCACCAUCAGGGCCUUCGGGCCCUCCUCCCCCCGGGACCCCGCUCCUGAACUCUGCGUGAAGAGACCCCGCACCAUUUAUGGUGUGGCCAAGGUGCACGCAGAGCUCAUGGGGGAGUAUUAUCAUCACCAGUACGGACUGGACUUCCGCUGUCUCCGGUACCCGGGUAUCAUCUCUGCUGACUCCCAGCCCGGGGGCGGCAUCACUGGGUGGACCCCCUCCGACAGGCCAUCGGUGAGACCCAAUAGACCCCUAGACCAGGCAUGGCGCCAGGAUUCCAGUAGUGGAUUGGCCAGACCAAUUCCGAGAGCUGGCCAAUGGCGUUGGAGGACAGCACGGCAAGGCGGGACUGGGGCUGGAAGCAUGACUACGGCUUGCCUGAGUUGGUUCAGGCCAUGCUGACUCAUAUCACCCCUGGCAACCUGCUGGCACAGGCAAACUGAGCCCCGUGGGAGGGGAAUCUAAAGUCUCAUCACACACACACACACACACACACACACACACACACACACACACACACACACACACACACACACACACACACACACACACACACACACACACACACACACACACACACACAAACAAGCACACAUGCGCUCACACAGAGACACACAAACAUGCUUACACGCACACACAUACACAAACAAGCUCAACCACAAACACGCACACACGCACUUCACACUCUGGAAAUUCCUCUAGAAUAUGUAUAUAUUUGUUUUGCGAUGCCAUCAGGGACUAUUUUCUGUGUUUCUUAUGGUACGAUGAUUUCUUAUUUUCAGACAAUACAACCUAUGUUGCUUUGCAAUAGCUUUUUGGACUAUACUCUUGUUUGUAAUGUCACCAAGCAACGAGUAUGGUUCCAUUCUCUCGCUGCAGAACGGAGAGAACAGAAGAACUGUUAGUGAGCAUCCAACCAUUGCUCAACUUUGCUGUGUAUAUUUAUUUAUUCUAUUUAUUUAUUUGCGAGGCGCCCUCAUGAUAUCCCUCCACUCCUUUGUGCCCUUGGCUAGAUAGGAUAGUUGGGGUCUACCCUUCCAAGACAAACAAAGCCUCAAGUUAAAACCAAACUUCUCACUGCAUGUGGCACAAAGAAAGUUGCUUAAUACUGCCUUGUUGUUACUAAAGUGAGGUAUGACUCUGGGAAUUCCAGUUCCUUUUGCUUAAGACAAUGUAGGCCGACGCAAGGCGGCUCUGCUUGGGCCGGUGUGAAUGUUAGGCUUUUGAAACAGCUAGCUGCUCAGCCUCUUAAAGAAAUAAAUGUACUGUAACGUUCGAUACCUGAGCCUUUACUGAUGUUACUAUUUCCGUAGAGACGUGUAGACUCGUUCUAGUUAGCUUAGCUGUAGAUGUACGGUACAGAUGCUGUAUUUAUUUGAAAAUGCUUGAUUGGUGGGUUAGUGGGUUGGUGAUUUUAAAUUAUUUUUCUUACCAGGGAAAGUCGGUAGGGUGGUUGAUUUUUUUAUUUAUUUUUACUUUGCUCUAGUCUUUGAAUUAGUAUGUUUUAUCUUUGGAUAGGAAGUUCUGUUUAGGUUUUUGUUGGUUAUUAUUUAGCAUCCUUUUCUGAUGACGUGAAUGCCAAAGGUAUUACAAUGAGAUGCCCAGCAGGGCUGCGUAGCAUUCACAUCGGGGCUGGACUAGUUUUACUUUAUUCACUUUAGUCACCACUAAAUAAACGGUAGAAAAGCAGAAGAAGACAUCCUGAGGGAAAAACUUGUUCUUGCAGAUUUUGUGUUGCCUUUCCACCAGCAAUUUGAACAACCAAUAAAUACAUUUACUUGAAAAAAACCUCAAA